UGGGUGCUAGAAGACUUCCACGAGGAGAGAGAGAGUGAGAGAGAGACAGAGAGAGAGAAAGAGGGAAGGAGACUAAGACUCCAACCAGCUUCACUCCUCCUCAGCACACAACUGCUGCUGAGGAGAUGGGACGCGGACCCCCAAGAGGAGCGUUUCAUGCCUCGGACAGCAGCCUGCACGACAUGGCCGACCGCUCCGGUGCGUUGUGAGCAGGGGAAGCGGCUGGAAAAACUCCAACCUGGAGAGGUUUUGUGUUCACCUCGUCUUCGGUGGAGCUGGUGCUUUCUCUUAAGCCCGGGGUGAUGUCACAGUGCUGGUGCAGGCAGGUCCUGCUCGGCGUGGAACUGGGCAUGCUGGUGGCCGUGCUGGUGGCCGGCGGCGGCGGGCAGAUCCAGGACAGCAGGGAGGCCGGGUCGUCCUGCUACGGGGGAUUUGAUCUGUACUUUGUUUUGGACAAGUCUGGCAGUGUGCAAGAUUACUGGACUGAGAUUUAUUACUUCGUUGACCAUCUGGCUCACAAGUUUAUCAGUCCUCAGCUGCGGAUGUCUUUUAUUGUGUUUUCAACAGAAGGACGGAUUCUCAUGCCACUAACAGAAGACAGAGAGCAGAUCCGGGCUGGACUGGAGGAGCUGAACAUGGUGCAGACAGGUGGAGACACCUUCAUGGACAGAGGUUUUCAGAGAGCCAGCGAGCAAAUAUACUACGGGACUGGAUAUGGUUACCGGACUGCGAGCGUCAUCAUUGCCCUGACUGACGGUGAACUGAGGGAGGAGCAGUUUGACCUGGCACAAAGAGAGGCAGGCAGAGCACGCCAGUUGGGCGCCACUGUGUACUGUGUGGGCGUUAAAGACUUUAAUGAAACCCAGCUUUCAACGAUAGCUGACAGCAAGGACCACGUCUUCCCGGUGAACGACGGAUUCGAUGCGCUACAAGGGGUCAUUGACUCGAUCCUGAAGCGAUCAUGCAUUGAGAUCCUGGCUGUAGAGCCGUCCAUCAUCUGUGAAGGAGAGUCCUUCCAGGUUGUUGUUAAAGGAAAUGGUUUCCUUCACGCGCGAGACGUACAGAAAGUUCUCUGCAGCUUUCGCAUCAAUGACACAGUUACUUUGAUGAAAAGACCGUUGGUUGUGAGAGACACCUACCUUUUGUGCCCAGCUCCUGUGCUGGAAGAAGAGGGAACGUCUGCCACCCUUCACGUCAGCAUGAACAAUGGCCUGAGCUUCGUAUCCAGCUCCGUCACAAUUACUGCUGUCACCUGCUCCGACGGGACCUUUGUGGCCAUAGCCCUGCUCAUCCUGCUGCUCCUGCUCACCAUCCUUCUGCUGUGGUGGUUCUGGCCUCUCUGCUGCACCGUGGUCAUCCACGAGCCACCUGCUGCAGAACUAGAGGACCUCUCUGAUGACGAAGAUGGUUUCCCCAAGAAGAGGUGGCCCACAGUGGACGCCUCGUACUACGGAGGACGUGGAGUCGGAGGUAUCAAGAGGAUGGAGGUCCGAUGGGGAGACAAAGGCUCCACUGAAGAAGGAGCCAAACUGGAAAAGGCCAAAAACGCCCGGGUUGUGAUGCCCGAAGAGGAGUUCGAUCCCCCGCGGCCUUAUUACAAUGCGCACAAGUCUACCCGCCCUCAGAAGUGGUACUCGCCCAUCAAGGGCAAACUGGACGCUUUGUGUGUGUUCCUGAGAAAAGGCUACGACAGAGUGUCCGUGAUGCGACCUCAUCCCGGGGACAAGGGAAAGUGCAUGAACUUCACCCGAAGCCGAGCCCACCGUGCCGCUCGCUAUCCCAUCUACAGCCGCCCCUCCACGCCCGUCUACACCUUGCCCCACGGUUACCUGCGUCGUCCCUCAGAGGAGUUGCCCCCCUCCCCGACUUCAACGCUUCCCCCUCUGCCGUCCGCGCCCCCACCCCUCUCCUUCUCCUCCUCCUCCCCCUUCCCCUCCUCCACCAUCGCCGCACCUCCCGGGUACACGCCUGCUCCAAACAGAGCGCUGCCCCCACCUGCGAACUCGAGCUCGACCUGUGCGCCCCCACCGCCGACCGGCUCGCUGCCGCCGCCUCCUCAGGGCGCGCCCCCUCCGUGUAGGGCGCCACCCCCGUCACGGCCUCCACCGCGCCCCGAUCAGGAGGAUUACUGAAGGGUAUGAAAAGAGAGUGGAGUGGAGGAGAAGGAUGGAGACCCGGAGGAGGGAAUGUAUGACGUCACGUCUCGGGAGGCUGCAGCUGGCGAUGCAACUUCCGCACCGCCUGAUCUCCGUCUGAAGUGUGGCCAUUUUUUUUUUAUAAAAGUCUAGAAAUGGGUUGUUUAGCGUAGUGAGCACAGCUUUGGCUAUUAAAUGUUAUUGGCGCUAAGCAAUGUAUUCACUUUUUAAGGACACUUCUAGCCAAUAUCGAGCGUCGCAGUGUGCUAUGGAGACGUACAAACUCGCAUUUUAGCCUUUUGCCUGAUUUCGGUCUUUUCAUCUAAAAUUGAUAUUUUGCUGCAGUGUGCUUCAAAAAGUCAUUGAGUUCAAACAGCAGAAAAUCCAGCGGCUCAGGAACUGCUUCAUGUGUUUUAUACAUGAACAUCUGUUUGGCAAGCUUGAAAAACGUUUAUCUUGCAAAGGAAUAUUCAUUAUCACAAAAAGAUUUAUAUGAUGUUACAUUAAAUAUCUGAUUUCCAUGGACAAUA